AUGAUUGCAGGACUUGCAAAGGCUGCUGAACUGGUGUCGGCAAAUCUGGCAUCCUACAUAGGUCACAUGUCCUGCAUGCGUGAACAGCUGAUCCAACAGCUUUGUAAGGCCUUUCCUCCGGUGCCUGGCCAUCCAAAUAUCAUCAUCUUUGGUGUCCAUCGCGGUCUGUCCUCGAAUCUGAAUGGUUUUACUCGCCUGGAUCCACAAAGACUCACAGUUCUACCAAAUACCGUCAACUUAGCGUUCAGUGGACCACCAUAUCUCGAUAGUCGCGAGAUCCUGGCCCUUUGUCCGAAUCUUCAUGCGAGCCGCGGGGCGGCAUGCCAUUCGGACCAGACAGGUUCCAGCGUUUUGCUCGCAUGCGGAUAUUCCAUUGAAGAAUCCAGAUCAGCCAUUCGUCUCAGUGUAGGUCGUGAUACAACCUCCGAAGACAUUCACAGCACAGUAGCUGCACUUCGCACGGCCGUAUCUCAGCUCUUCUCGUCCAACAGUGCGACCAUCUAAGUGAACGGGACCCAAUGAAGCAUUCUACCACACCGUGCAAUCAGUUCCAUUUUUUCGCCAUUUUCCACUGAAUUUUUCAUAGGUUUGAUUAUUAGUCGACAGUUGAUUUCCCCUUUGAGCCAUAUUUGGCCAUUUUCUCGAUCAUUUGUAGGUUUCACGUCUGUUUUUUCGUG